AUGUUAUCAUUUAGAAUACCAAAGAGUAAACUUUUAAAACAAUCUCCGACCACGAGCAGUUUGAGUCUAGCUAGAAGUAUACCAAGUAUACCAACCACAACUGCUAGAUACAGACCCAACCAAUAUUACCAGAAUGUAUUAGCUAAACCUAAUGUAUUCACCUUGCGCAGCACACCAUGUUUUUCACAAGUUAGAAGUUUUCACCUGUCUUUACCUCGAAAACUUCAAAUGCAACAGACUGAGCAAGGCGACAAUCGACCAGCAUUAGAAAAGUUCGGUUCCGAUUUGACCCAGUUAGCCAAAGAAGGUAAGUUGGAUCCAGUUAUUGGAAGAGAUCACGAAAUUCGUCGGACCAUUCAAAUAUUAUCACGUCGAACAAAAAAUAAUCCUGUAUUGAUUGGUAAUGCUGGUACUGGUAAAACCGCUGUUAUGGAAGGUUUGGCACAAAGAAUCGUUCGUGGCGAAGUUCCUGAUUCCAUGAAGGAUAAACAAAUUAUUACUUUAGAUUUGGCUGGUAUCAUAAGUGGAGCUAAAUACCGUGGGGAUUUUGAGAGUAAGCUCAAGUCAAUAUUGAAAGAAGUUGAAGAAAAGAAUGGUAAGGUUAUAUUGUUUAUUGAUGAGUUUCAUUUAUUGAUGGGUUUGGGUAAAGCCGAAGGAUCAAUUGACGCUUCAAACUUGUUGAAACCUGCCUUGGCAAGGGGUAAAUUGUCAAUGUGUGGAGCAACUACCAUCGAAGAAUAUAGAAAAUAUGUGGAGAAAGAUGCUGCCUUAGCUAGAAGAUUUUCUCCUGUUACUGUGAAUGAACCUACCGUUGAAGAUACCAUUUCAAUUUUGCGAGGCUUAAAGGAACGUUACGAAGUUCACCAUGGGGUUCGUAUCAUGGACUCAGCACUAGUUACUGCUGCAUUAUAUUCUAAUAGAUACAUAACAGACAGAUUUUUACCAGAUAAAGCUAUUGAUUUAGUUGAUGAAGCAAGUUCAACAUUGCGGUUGCAACACGAAUCUCGACCAGAUGCAAUUGCAACUUUAGACCGUCAAAUUAUGACUAUUGAGAUCGAGUUGGAAUCUUUAAGAAAAGAAGAGGAUCAACUAUCCAUUGACAGAAAGCUUAAGCUAGAAAAAGAAUUGGAAGUGAAAAAAAGUGAAUUGAAGGAAUUAACAGACCAAUGGGAGUCAGAAAAGCGGGCUAUUGAUGCUGUGAAAAAUGCAAAGUCUGAAUUAGAAAGGGCAAAAUACGAGUUAGAACAAGCUACUAGAGAAGGUGACUACGCCAGGGCUUCCAGAAUCCAGUAUGCUAAUAUUCCUGAAUUACAAGCAAAAAUCCAAGAGUUGAGCAAGAAUGAGCUGGCUGCUAAAUCAUCGAAUCUUUUACAUGAUUCUGUAACCUCUGAGGAUAUUGCUGGUGUAAUAUCAAAGAUGACGGGGAUCCCGGUGAACAAUUUGUUGAAAGGCGAAAAGGACAAGUUGCUAGACAUGAAUAUACUCUUGCGCCAAUCAGUUGUUGGUCAAGAUGAAGCAAUUGAUGCGGUCUCUGACGCAGUUAGAUUGCAGCGUGCAGGGUUAACCAGUGAGAAUCGUCCAAUUGCAUCAUUUAUGUUUUUGGGUCCUACUGGUACAGGGAAAACAGAAUUGACAAAAUCGUUAGCACAAUUCUUGUUCAACGAUAAAAACGCUGUGAUCAGAUUUGAUAUGUCUGAGUUCCAAGAAAAGCAUACCAUAUCGAGAUUAAUAGGUUCUCCGCCAGGAUAUGUGGGAUACGAAGAGAGUGGCGAGUUGACUGAAGCUGUCAGAAGAAAGCCAUACGCGGUAGUCUUAUUUGAUGAGUUUGAGAAAGCACACCCAGAUCUUUCCAAGUUAUUAUUACAAGUAUUAGACGAAGGCUCGUUAACGGACUCUCAUGGCAAAAAAAUUGAUUUCAAGAACACAAUUAUUGUGAUGACAUCCAAUAUUGGUCAAGAGAUUUUGCUUGCUGAUAAGAAUACCUACGAGGAUGGUCAUAUAAACAAUGAGGUCAAACAACAAGUUUUAGAGAAUUUGAAACACCAUUAUGCUCCAGAGUUCUUGAACCGUGUUGAUGAUAUCGUGGUAUUCAACAGAUUAUCAAAGACCGCUUUGAGGGAAAUUUUAGAUAUUCGUUUGAGAGAAAUCGGUGAUCGCUUGAUCGACAAGCGUAUUGUCUUACAAUUGACAGAUGAAGCGAAAACAUUGUUGUGUGAUAUGGGGUAUGAUCCAACUUAUGGUGCUCGUCCACUUAAUAGGGUUUUGAGAAAGAAGUUGUUAGAUCCAUUGGCUAUGCGUAUGAUCAAGGGACAAGUUCAAGAAAAUGAAACAGUCAAAGUAGAAGUGAAAGAUCACAAAAUUUAUGUUGUUCCAAACCAUACUGAAGGAACAGUUAUUGAAAAGGAAGAAGAUUAUUUUAAAGAAGAAGAAAACGACGAUAAAUAG